CAACUCUCCAUUUACCUUAAGUAAAGGUAGAAAAGAGAAAACCGCCGCAGCCCCAAAUCCGCAACGCCACCACCCAGGUCGAACCACGCCGCCACCACCUGGGCCGGACCCCGCUGCCACCGCCCAGGACGGACCACUCCACGGGCUUUUUGAGCAUUGGACUCCACCGGAUAUGAAAAGUUAUUCUCAUCGAUAAAACCCCCUUUUCCCCAUUCAAGAUUCCAAAGCCACCGAGAGAUCUGAGAAACAACGCCGCUGAACCCCGGUGACGAACGCCGCUGAACGCUGACAACGAACGGCUCUGCUCCUCCGCCCGGUUUGGAAAGUUAUUGUCUUUCUAUAUCUUCUGCCACCGCCACAGUGUUCAAAGUGUAAGUUUGUUUGAUUUGGAAGUUGAAGGAAAGUUUGUGGAUCAUGUAUGUUGUGUGUUGCUGGGUGAUUUACUUAACAUCUUCUGAUUUCGUGGAGGAGAGUUCCAUAGGAUCAUACUAAGCUUCUUAUUGGAGUUUCAUGGAGGAUUUUGACGCCAGCUCUUCCAUAAGAUUUUGACGCCACCGACCGGUUUGCAAGAACUAUUAUAAGAUUUUGACGCCAACUCUUCUUUCUUGUAAUCGCACUCGUAGGCGGUGGACGGGCAGUGACUGGGUGCUUGCAGAUUGAAUGGGAAAGGGGGGCUUGAGAAAGGAGGUUUUGAUCGUGUGUGUGUUCUGCAUAAUUUCAUUUGGUAUAAUAUGCUGAUGUGUCUUUUUUCUCUCUGAAAUGUGGGUGCUUGCAGAUUGAAUGGGAAAGGGGGGCUUGAGAAAGGGAGGUUUUGAUCGUGUGUGUGUUCUGCAUAAUUUCAUUUGGUAUAAUAUGCUGAUGUGUCUUUUUUCUCUCUGAAAUGUGGGUGCUUGCAGAUUGAAUGGGAAAGGGGGGCUUGAGAAAGGGAGGUUUUGAUCGUGUGUGUGUUCUGCAUAAUUUCAUUUGGUAUAAUAUGCUGAUGUGUCUUUUUUCUCCCUGAAAUGUUUUUGUAAAACAAAAGCGAGUGGAGACCACUUUGACCAAAAAUAAAAAAGAGAAGCGAGGCGAAGGCAGGAGGGAGGUUGAUGGAAAACUUGUAAAUGUCAAAAAUUAAUGUUUGCAAAAGUCAAAAGUCAGGUUGGGUAUGCCGCGUGCGGACGACCAUACGGCCAUUUUUAGAGAGAAAAGGGUCAGAAAAAAUAAAAGAGAAAAGAAGAUAUUGGUGCGUUGAGUUUGAGGACAUUGGAAGCAAAGGGAGGGAGCGGUGGGUGGAACGAAAAACAACCAAACAGCCCCAGUCCUCUGGGAGUUGGGGGUUGUCGACGACAAUUUCCAGCGGCAGACUACUUCCAAAACUCCUCUUCCUUCUCCAGUAAAAGCCUUCUGGGUUAUCAAUAAAGAUGCCAAGUUCCUCUGUUGAGUUAGUAAAACAUGCAAAUUCUGAGCAUCAUGUGAGAGAGAAUAGCGAAUACACUAGACUGGUCAUCUCAAGUGAACCAUGUCCAGCAAAAGCUGAUAUCUUACAGCCUCAAGCAAAUGCAAGGACUAAAUCUUUCCUCUGGUGGAUCAAAGUCUUAUUAUGGUGCAUGGUAAUCAUAAUAUUUCUUCUCAUUUUCUUGAAAUGGGGAGUUCCAUUUCUUUUUGAGAAGGUUCUCUUUCCACUCAUGCAGUGGGAAGCCACAGCCUUUGGCCGUCCAGUUCUUGCCCUCGUGCUUGUUGCUUCUCUGGCACUUUUUCCUGUGUUCUUAAUCCCUUCCGGCCCUUCCAUGUGGUUGGCUGGGAUGAUUUUUGGAUAUGGAAUUGGGUUUGUCAUAAUCAUGGUUGGAACAACUAUUGGGAUGAUCCUCCCCUAUUUUAUUGGGCUGCUAUUCCGUGACCGCAUUCAUCAAUGGUUAAAGAAAUGGCCCCAGAAAGCUGAAAUGAUUAGACUGGCUGGAGAAGGAAGCUGGUUCCAUCAAUUCCAAGUGGUUGCUCUCUUUAGGGUUUCACCAUUUCCAUACACAAUUUUCAACUAUGCAAUUGUGGUAACAAGUAUGAAGUUUUGGCCCUACUUAUGUGGAUCAAUUGCCGGAAUGGUCCCAGAAGCUUUCAUUUAUAUCUAUAGUGGUCGGUUGAUAAGGACAUUAGCAGAUGCAAAGUAUGGGAACCUUCAACUGACUACGGUCGAAAUCAUAUACAACAUUAUCUCCUUCAUUAUCGCAGUCAUUACCACAAUUGCAUUCACUGUUUAUGCAAAAAGAGCUUUGGAUGAGAUCCAAAAGGCUGAGACUAAUGGGGAAGAUGCCUCUCUCUCUGACCAUGGCAGUCUUGAGAUGGAGAAACUUCCACUUGAAAGACCUAAGCAGCUUUGUGUCUCAUCCUUGUCGUCAUAACCUGGUUUCUUUAGGAAUAGACUAGUAUCUGUAAAUAUUGGCAUUAAUUAGAGGGGUUUCAAAUUCCUUGAUCCUUGUAACAGUCUUUUUUCCUUUUGCCAUGGUACUUAUAUUUGUUAGAAAAGUUGUAGACACACGAACAAAGAAAAAAAAAGAUUGGUUCAUACAUGAAAUGCAACAAACUUGUAAGCACGUUAAUCUAUUCAUAUAUUCUUGCUUUCUGUCUUGGAAUAUGACAGUUAA